UCCUCGUGAGCGCACUGACUUCAGUCACGUGCCUGUCAAACCCCAUUCCCUCGCGCAGCCGUCGUCAACACAACGGAGGAAGUAGCAUGAAGCUAACCUGGCUAGCCAAGACUAACUGCCACGGCCAAUGCAGAGUCUUUUAACAUUUUUCUUAAGUCAACGUGAGUCGUCGUCGACAAAGUAACUGUCUGCUUUUGUUCGGAUUUCAGCUGCCAUGAAGUGAGAAGUAACGAUGUUUAGGAGCUGUAGCCGUUGCUUGUCAACUUCUAGGCUAGCGAGCUAGCUGUUAACGAUCAGCUGUUGUUUUGGUCGGGGAAAUAGCUUCCUAAGUCAAACUGUAUAGCUUUACAGCAGUUUACCAUAUCAAUUAUCACCAGUGCAGAUUUCCCUCAUUGCCUGUCGAGACACUGACCUGCUCAGGUGGUUAAUGGCGACACAUAACGGCGUACCACCGUGACAGACUCAACAACAGCGGUCAGUCAGUCAGCGAUUGUCCGACAGGCGUCAACACAUUGUGGGGGGGUUUGAUCAAUCAGAGCGCUUUGUAAUUGAAUCAGCAAGAUCACUUCAAGAUGCAUGACGCGUAUGAACCAGUGCCUAUUUUGGAGAAGCUUCCUCUCCAGAUUGACUGUCUUGCGGCCUGGGAGGACUGGCUGCUUGUUGGAACUAAGCCAGGGCAUCUCCUUCUCUACCGAAUAAAGAAGGACGCAGGCACCAACCGGUUUGAAGUGACACUGGAAAAAUCCAAUAAGAACUUCUCAAAGAAGAUUCAGCAGCUUUACGUCGUCUCACAAUACAAAAUUCUUGUCAGUCUUCUGGAGAACAACAUCCACGUUCAUGACCUCCUGACCUUUCAGCAGAUCACUGUGGUGUCCAAAGCCAAAGGAGCCACGCUCUUCGCUUGUGACCUGCAGCAAACCGGCCCAGGAGAGGAAAGACUGAGAAUGUGCGUCGCAGUGAAAAAGAAACUCCAGAUGUAUUACUGGAAGGAUAGAGAGUUCCAUGAACUGCAGGGGGACUUUGGUGCACCAGAUAUUCCAAAGUCCAUGGCUUGGUGUGAAAACUCCAUAUGUGUCGGUUUCAAAAGAGACUAUUACCUCAUUCGGAUGGAUGGCCGUGGCUCCAUCAAGGAACUCUUUCCCACAGGGAAGCAGUUGGAGCCUCUAGUUGCCCCACUGGCUGAUGGGAAGGUGGCUGUCGGGCAGGAUGACCUAACUGUGGUACUUAAUGAAGAAGGUGUUUGCACCCAGAAGUGUGCUCUGAACUGGACGGACAUCCCUAUAGCAAUGGAGCACCAGCCUCCGUACAUCAUAGCAGUUCUCCCUCGCUACGUGGAGAUCCGGACCUUUGAGCCGAGGCUGCUGGUGCAAAGUGUGGAGCUGCAGAGACCUCGCUUCAUCACCUCAGCAGGGCCGAAUAUUGUGUAUGUUGCCAGCAACCACUUUGUGUGGCGCCUGGUGCCCGUGUCCAUAGCCAGCCAGAUCCGACAGCUUCUUCAGGACAAGCAGUUUGAAUUGGCUCUUCAGCUGGCGAAGAUGAAGGAUGAUUCAGAUGGUGAUAAGAAGCAGCAGAUACAUCACAUCCAGAAUCUCUAUGCCUUCAAUCUGUUUUGCCAGAAGAGAUUUGAUGACUCCAUGCAGGUUUUCGCCAAACUCGGCACAGAUCCCACCCAUGUGAUCGGACUGUACCCGGACCUGCUCCCGUCAGACUACCGCAAGCAGUUGCACUAUCCCAACCCUCUGCCUACGCUAUCUGGGGCAGAGCUGGAGAAGGCUCAUCUUGCUCUAAUUGAUUACCUCACCCAGAAACGCAGCCACCUUGUGAAACAGCUGAAUGACUCUGACCCUUCCACAACAUCCCCACUCAUGGAGGGCACGCCCACUAUUAAAAGCCGCAAAAAACUCCUGCAGAUCAUUGACACCACCCUGCUGAAAUGUUACCUGCACACCAACGUGGCCCUGGUGUCCCCCCUCCUUCGACUGGAGAACAACCACUGUCACAUCGAGGAGAGCGAGUAUGUCCUGAAGAAGGCUCACAAGUACAGUGAGCUCAUUAUUCUCUAUGAGAAGAAGGGACUGCACCAGAAAGCUCUGCAGGUGCUACUUGACCAGUCCACCAAGGCCAACUCUCCGCUGAAGGGCCACGAGCGAACAGUACAGUACCUCCAAAGGCUGGGAGUGGAGAAUCUCGGCAUAAUCUUUGAGUUUUCGCCCUGGGUGCUUAAGAUCUGCCCUGAGGAUGGGCUAAAGAUCUUCACUGAGGACCUAACAGAGGUGGAGACUUUGCCCAGAGACAAGGUGCUGAACUUUCUGAAGGAGGGCUUUAAGGAGCUCGCCAUCCCAUAUUUGGAGCACAUUAUCUACGUGUGGGACGAGAAGGGCCCAGAGUUUCACAACGUGCUGAUCCAGCUCUACUUGGAGAGGGUUCAAAGCCUCAUGAAACAAUACCUCAACUCACUGCCAGAAGGGGUUCCAGCAGUCGCUGCGGGGAAAGAGGACGGCGCUCUAGGAGAGUUCAGGAACAAGCUGCUGUCAUUCCUGGAUAUUUCUAUCAGCUACGAACCAGCGAGACUCAUCAGUGACUUUCCCUUUGACGGCCUCCUGGAGGAACGAGCCCUGCUUCUGGGUAGGAUGGGUAAACACGAGCAGGCGCUUUUCAUCUAUGUGCACAUCCUGAAAGACACCCGCAUGGCUGAAGAAUUCUGUCACCGGUAUUACAACAGUUUAGUUGAAGGGAAUAAAGAUGUUUAUCUGUCUCUGCUCCGUAUGUACCUGUCACCCCCUGACGUCCACUGCCUGGGGCCCAUCAAGAUGGAGCUGUCGGAGCCACAGGCCAACCUCCAGGCAGCCUUGCAGGUCCUGGAGCUGCACCACAGCAAGCUCAACACCACCAAGGCCAUCAAUCUGCUUCCAGCAAACACCCAAAUCCGAGAGAUCCGGGUCUUCCUGGAGAGCGUCCUGGAGGAGAAGGCGCAGAGGAAACGCUGCGACCAGGUGCUGAAGAGUCUACUGCAGGCCGAGUUCCUCAGAGUGCAGGAGGAGCGCAUCUUCCACCAGCAGGUUAAAUGUGUCAUUACUGAAGAAAAGACCUGCAGGGUCUGCAAGAAGAAAAUAGGCAACAGCGCGUUCGCCAGGUAUCCCAAUGGCGUGGUGGUGCAUUACUUCUGCUGCAAAGACCGCAACGUGUGUCCUACUGAGCAGUAACACCUGCACCUCCUCACAGUGACUGUUUACUAAUAAAUAGUCUCCCCCUCCCUCCCUGUGGACUCCAACACUCGGACAUCCUCGGACUACGAAUAUAUCAGACUGUUGUCGGAAGCCGGGCUCACUCUGCAGAGCAUGGCUGGUAUUUAGCGGACGCUUGUUUUGCAAAGCACCUUACAGAACCGAGAGCGCAGACAUGUUUUAACCUGAGUUAACCCGGCGGAACAGUCGUUGUACAGGAACUUCUUUUCUGAAAGCGAAAGCUGCGACUUUCUUUCUCUCUGUGCAUGAGGUAACAGGUGGAAUGUCCGGGGUCGCUCAACAGGAGGGGAGGAAGAGAACGAGGGAGGUAAGAGUCCGAUAUUUGAAAAGCAUGUGUCACUGUAACGCUAGAAGGGAUUCACUACCCUCCGCUCGGAAGAAAACUGGCACUAGUGACAGACGCGUAGCAGAAGAAGGAGCUGCAACAACAGAAGUUAGUGCCUGUUCUCACCAGGAGAUGAUUACAAGCCUCAGUCUGUGGUUGUUGUUGUUUUGUUUUUUUUUUCUUUUUUCUGCCUCUCACUGUCUCCCUCUCCUUCUGUAACACUGUGUAGGCCUCAAACACCGCUUGAUAUGCCAUAUAGACUCUACUGGAGCACUGUUAAAUGCCUUUUCGUGACUCUGAUGAUUGUACUUACAGUGAAGUCAGAUGUUGAUCAUGAUGUUUUUUUGUUAGCAUGUGCUGGUACUGACUAUACAAAACAACAUUCAUCUCACAGUAUGUUUUUGUAUUUACACUUUCGAGUCCUUCAGCAAACAUAUUCACAGCUUUGUGUGUGAUUUUUUUUUUUUUCUUUUCCCCACAUUUACUGUCUUAAAGGUUUGUGAAUAAUUACAUUUAAUUAUCAGAAAUUCACUUUUUUUAGUCUCAUCUUUCUUCUUUGUAUUAUUUAUCUGUUUGUUGUUUUUUCUCUCCCAGACGUAUUAAAAGUUAAUGAAGUAAAAACUUUUUAAAGGCAGAUCACAAAAGUACAGCACUUUAAAAGUGGAUGGAUGGAUGUCCUGUUUAUUUAUUGAUAAAUCACACAUCCGCCUUACAGGAACUGGAAGUAAUGUGAAUGAAUUAAGAGGUAUGAUUGAUCUGUGCAUUUUAAUGGCAAUAUUGUUACACAGCUCGUCUGUUUACCGUCCGCCUGGGAGGUGAUUCAAGAAGCAAGACUCCUCCAGUUUAUUGAGGAGGAAAUGCAAGCAAUGAAUGUAUGUUUUAGAUGUUUAGUCGAAACUCUUUUUCAGGAUGAAAUAGAACGAGUUGGGGUCAACGUCUCGUUUAGUGAUUUUUUUUUUGAGCAUGAGUUUAAAAACCAACAUCUUUUUAACUUUUACGUACGUUGUAGCAUUUACCUGCUCCUUUAAACACCUCCCUCCUCUUCUGCUCUUAAAGGUUUGCACACAUUCUCUGCUAAGACUGUUUCAGAUUUUUGUUUAGUUUUUUUUUAAUGGUAACAUUUGUACCACUGUGUGUAUACUGUAUAAAGAUUGAGAGUGUCGAUGACAAAUUUGAUUCUGAGGGGCGACCCAGCAGGUACCAUCUGUCUGUCUGGCUUUAAUCAGUAAUAAACAAGCAUUUCCAUUCA